GCUCAAAGCCACAGAUUAUACAUUUUGCUCACAAACCGUGCGGGUAAAAUAACCUCCAGAGAGAGCGACAGCGGGAAUCAGGCGUUUUAUUUCACAUUUGGAGACGAAUUGCUUGCGCGUAAACGGCACCGGGCAUCACUGAAGAGCAAACCCCGUAGUGGCUGGAUAUUUUAUUUCUUUUUUUUUGUAAUUUAUUGGUGACUACAAGGUUGAAGGACAGCACAGGGGGAGCAGACCUGUCUUGGAUUGUGAGCAUCGGGUUAUAUUUGGGGCUAGAGCGCGCAAGGCACCUGUGGAUGCAGCACCCCCACUGAUGUUUGGACUCAAAUCUCUUGCAAAGAAAGGAUUCACGACAAGAUAUAGCUGAUAAUCGUAUUUUUUUGGUCAAACACUGCAGUUUUUAGACAAGAAGCGCGCCAUGCUGUUGUUCCUGGUGCUUCCCCUGCUGAGCAUCACCGGCUGCGGCUCGUCCUACGUGCCGUGCCAGCAGUGCGAUCAGAAGGCCCUGUCCAUGUGUCCGCGGGUGCCGGUGAGCUGUCAGCUGGUGAAGGAGCCCGGCUGCGGCUGCUGCCUGACGUGCGCGCUCGAAGAGGGCCAGCCGUGCGGCGUGUACACCGGGCCGUGCACGCGCGGGCUUCGGUGCCUGCCCAAGAACGGCGAGGAGAAGCCGCUGCACGCGCUCCUGCACGGCCGGGGCGUGUGCAGGAACGAGAAGUUGUACAAACUGCUGCAUCCGUCAAAAGAUGGAGAAUCCCACGGUGAUGCCAUGCUACCAGCCCCAGAGACCAUGCUGCCCCAAACCAAGGUGCCCAUUUAUGGAAGAGACCACAUCAGCAGCUGGAAGGCCCAGGCCAUGAGAAACGCCAAGGACCGCAAGAAGCAGCUGGCCAGGCUGGGACCCACCAGCAACCUGGACUUCUCCCCGCUGAGCCUGGAUAAACUGGAGCCUGAGUUCGGCCCCUGCAGGAGGAGACUGGAUAAUCUCAUUUACAGCAUGAAGGACACGUCUAGGGUCUUGCCUCUCUCUCUGUACCUCCCCAACUGUGACAAGAAGGGCUUCUUCAAGCGCAAGCAGUGUAAGCCGUCUCGUGGUCGGAAGAGGGGGAUCUGCUGGUGCGUCGACCGGUUUGGCGUGAAAAUCCCCGGCAUCAACUACGCCGGAGGAGACCUGCAGUGCAAAGAUCUGGACAGCAGCAGCAACAGCAACGAAUGAGAGUGAAUUGGUCGUACUUGUUGAGCCCUUUUCUUCUUCAAACCUGCCAAUCAAGCUAGCACACUUUAUGACCGCCAAUCAGGAAAAUAUGGCACAAAUGCAUAUAUAUAUCUAUAUAUAUACAUAUAGACAUAUAUGUAUAUAUCUACAUAUAUAUAUGGUCAGGUGUGAUGGAUUGUUUUUUUGUUUUUCUUUCAAAUGGGAGCUGAAUGGAAAAUGUUGCAUGGGUGAAAAAUCUUCACACGUAGGUUUAAACUCUGGCUCCCCACUGACCAUGUACUAUGUUUGAGGUUAGCUAACACCUCACCUCUUUAUAUCCAUAGAUAAUAGAGGAUUAUAUAUAUUUGUAUGAUAUUGAUAAUAUGUUGUGUAUUGAGUGUAUUGCUAAAUUUAAGAAAUUAUGAGACAAGACAUGUUUUAAAUGUGGCUAAAAAUCUACAUAUUUCUUAGUUUUGUCAUAGUGGUGACCAAGGAGUCGCCAGUGACGAGUAAGUCAGUUCUCAUCUAAAUCAACAACGUUGUUUUAAUUUUAAUCAUGUGAAUGAUACCAACUCAUGCGUGGGCAGGAGGCAACCUCAAUCAGCUGACAGCCGUGUCAUGUGUCAUAGCCGCGUCAGCAUGAUAGCUAUCAUUGUUUGUUCAGCAGAGAUUCAGAAUGUCAUUGGGAGCCAGUUCUGUAGGUCUAAAGCUAACAAAAGACUACACAAUUACAGGAAUAGUUUGGCAUUUUAAGAAAGUUGACCCUUCUUAAUUCCAAGCCCCUUUACCCUCUUUGCUGCAAUAACAGUUGAGAAAGCUCAGUCAAGCUCAGAAACUUUUCAUUUUCCAGUCAAACUGAAAAAAGCUUGGCUCGUCUAUGUUGAAAGGAAAACCAAAAUUUGAAGAUUGUUAAAAGAUGUGGCUGGUAGACCUGUUAAUUCCAACACCUUAACAGUGUCAUAACCUUAAGGACACAUUAAUUGUCACAUCUUAAGAUAGAAUCAAGAGGAGUCAGAUCACAGACGUCAGCCGGGAUUGCCUCCUCCUUUUUUCUCCUUAAUUCUCAGAAUAAGGAAAAGAUCAACUGUACCCUUCCUUUGUUUUUGCUAUUUGUUUCAGUACUGUAGACUUUGCUGUCAGCUUCUUGAAGUCAUACUGCCUCUAAUACAAACUGUGGCACAGGGCUGAACGUUAUGUUGUUUAUUUAAAUCCCAGGCAAAAACACAAUAUAGCCGUUUUAUGGGGGGUUAUGUGCUCGACUACGCGGACUUUGUUGCUCUUUAUACGACAUCAUCUUCCUCAUUAGCUCCCGUCAUAAUUACUACAUUUCAGUUAUAGUGCAUGUCUUUUUGUGGGUAUAAUAGUAAAUUAAAACAGCCUGCAAUGUGACAAAGUUGACACCACCCAGCACUCAUAAACAAACAUACUGUAUUGUACUGUAAAGGUUCGAUUUUUGACACCUGGUCUCCUUUUUAAAGGCCUUUUUUCAAAUCCAGACAAUUGCGUCCACUGUUUUUAAAUGUCUACAGCGUGUGUGUGCAUGCUCCUGAGUGUGUCUGUAUGUGUUUGUACUAUACUGUUUGUGCCAUGCCCUUAUAGUUCUCAACUACAAAAUGUUGAAAUUCUCACGAGCCCAGCCAACCCGAGCUACUGUCCGACAAAUGUGGUGCUGUGCAUUUCCCUUCGCACGCAAAUCAUAUGCAAAGGCCCCGCGUUGUUUGUUUUUCCACGUGUAGGGUCUUCACUGCCAACACGCAGGCAAAUCUGUCGGCCGGUGGUGACCUGCUCUCAGGGUUUAUCUGGUCAAAUAUCCUGCAAAGAGCAAGGUCGCUGAGUUUGUAUGUAAAUUCAAGUGCCUUCUUCCCACACCACUUUGAAUUUUCAUUUGCAUGUGUUGUUGAAUGCGGGACACUACAGGUCUUUUAUGUUGGAUUUUUCAGUUGGUUGCUGACAAAGGUUAUCAUGUACAAUGUACAAUGACAGAGGACAAGAUUUUUGUUCUAUAGCUCAAAAUUUGAUCCCUUUUGGUUGUAAUAACCUCAACGUUGAUUGAAUGACUCUUAUAAUCUCAGACAUUCCUAAUAGUCAGGCAGCUUAGCUAAAUAAUGGGGACACGCCGGACAAAAGCACCACAUUUUUUCCACAUGUUCUCUAUCACCAUAGGUUUCAAAUUCUAGUAGAUUGUGGAUUGAAGAUGGCAGCCAUACAAAGUCUAUGAGAACCAAUACAUCUUCCAAGCCACUUAAAAGGUCAAUCUUGGUGUCAAAAUCUACAUUUUCUGGGUCAAGGAAUCAUUUAAAACUAUUGAGAAUAUCACUAGAUGAUUAUUUGAUCAAAUAGAUAUGCUCAUUUUCACCCAGACUGGUAGGUCUUCAAGUACUGCAGCAGGGAAUGCGGAUUAGCUGCAAUGUACACUGCUCAAUAAAAUUUGAGUGAACACUUUCACCUCAUGUCAGAUCUUGUAUAUACAUUUUUCCCAACAGAAAA